GUUUUAUGUCGCCCAUCUCUUGUCUGGGAAUAUCGACCAAUCAGGAAUGCGACCUUGCGUGGAGUGGUUAUUCGGCAGAGGCGGCGCAUUGGCGACGGUUACGUUUCGAUGUCUGUCGCAUUUCUGAGUUCGUGAGGGUGGUGUGAGGUCGUGCGUUCUUGCGCUAUGGGAGCGAAAGUUGGCCAGUGAGACCCUCUGCUUUUCUGGUCUCAAUUCCAGCCUUUGAGUCCCAUUCCUCGCCGACCCACCAUGGCAGUCACUGCCGAAAAAGAGGCCACCACGGCUCGAGAGAAGCUGAACGAAGAUUCGGAUGACGAGGACGAGUUCCUGGAAUACAGCCCUUGCGGUACCAUCACCAAACUUCGUCAACAAGUGAAGCAGCAGGCUGUGCCGGGAAUCGACAACUCGUUCCUCGCCAUGGACACCGAGAACGGCGUCGAGGUGGUGUGGAAUGAGGUUCGGUUCUCGGAGAACAAGAACCGCAAGAAGUACAUGGCGCGCAUCUCGGCCAUCUUCGACAGCCUUCAGUCCAUCGACCACCCCAACAUCGUCGGCUUCCACAAGUACUGGUUCGACCAGCCAGACAAGAGCGACAAGCCUCGGGUCAACUUCAUCACCGAGUACAUGUCGUCCGGCUCGAUGAAACACUUCCUGAAGCGGACGCGCGUCUCCAAGAAGAAGAUGGCGAUCGACUCUUGGCGUCGCUGGUGUCGCCAGGUGUUGUGGGCGCUCAGUUACUUCCAUUCGAGCUCGCCGCCCAUCAUUCACGGCAACCUUACCUGUGAUUCAAUGUUCAUUCAACACAACGGCCUGCUGAAGAUCGCUUCAGCGGCUCCCGAUGUCAUCCACCAGCACGUGAAGACCGUGCAGCCCGGCCAGCUGCUCAAGAACGCCCACUUCGUGGCGCCCGAGGAGGUGACGCGGACGGCCGUUGACGAGCGGAGAAGCAAGUCGGACAUCUACUCGUUCGGCAUGUGCGCGCUGGAGAUCGCAGCGCUUGAGAUCCAGGGCAACGGGGACUCAGGCACCCCGGUGACCAAGGAGAACAUCGAGAACACGAUCGAGAGUCUGGAGAACGAGGAGCAGAAGGACUUUAUCCGGGCGUGCCUGCGUCCCGACCCUGAGCAGCGGCCGACGGCGCGCCAGCUGCUCUUCCACCCAGUCAUGUUCGAGGUGCCCUCGCUCAAACUGCUCGCCGCACACGCCGUCGUCAAUGACCCCAACAUCAGUCCCGAGGAUGCUGAGGUGUACUGUAACCUCAGUCCUGACCUGGUCAUUGCCGAGAUGCGGCACGAGGGUCAGGAGCCGACCCAGCUGCGGGUGCAGGACGUCACCUCCGCCGAGAACAUCGGCAAAUUCGUCGAGGACGUCCGGGUCGGUAUCUACCCGCUGACGGCGUACGCGCCGCCGGCGCCGCCGCCCAUCAGUCAGGUGCGGGCCGCCAGUCCGGACACCAUCGAGUCCGUGCACUCGGACACGCCCGAGCCGUGCGAACGAGAGGGACGCAAGGUAGUCACCAUGAUGUGCGAGGUCAAGUCGGACCCGGCGUUGGACGCCAGUCUCACGCUGGUACUGUUCCUGCGGCUGGACGACAAGACCAACCGGCAGUUGUCGUGCCGACUGGCCCCGGACGACUCGGGCUCCCUGCUGACUGAGGAGCUGGUCCGGCACGGGCUCGUCAACGAGAUGAACCGCGAUGAGCUGACCAAGCUGAUCGACGGCCGCCUGCGCGCGCUGCGCACCUCCCAGCCGCCGACACCGGUGGGCGUGAGCUAACGGCCGGCCGGCCGGCGCGCGCCCGCGCCGCUCCGCUCACCCGCCUAGCCUAGAAUCUCCCCGCCUGCCGCGCCCGCCCGCCUGUCCGCCCGCUGCGCCGUCUUCCGUGAUCCGGCCGCCUGCGCGCGCGCCGCGCGCCGGGUCCAAGCGCGCUGAAUUAGCGCGUGUGUGCGUGCGCCGCCGCGGCGGCCGGUUGGCCGGUGCCGACCCCAGGACGGUCGGUGGCCGGCGCCAGGGCGCGUGUAUCUCAGGACUGAUCAUGAUGAGCUUAGUGCUACGCUUGGAGCGUAUCGGGCGGCAGGCGAUGCGCGCUGAAUCAAAAGGCUGCGCGGCGCGCGCGUGCGCGCCUCUCCCGCGCCGGGAGCCCAGUGUCUGAGCGCGCCGCGCCUGGUGUGUUUGUACGACGAGAGCGCGCGCGGCGCGGCACCGACCGGCGCCGGCGCGCUCCCCUGCUGUCCGCCCUCUGAGAGGGCCGUGCUACUGCUGUGAGUGCGCGAGCUGUCGCAGCGGCUGGCGGUCAGCGGCCGGCACCGGGCCGUUUUCUACAGUCCUGCCGCGCGGGCCGUACCCCGCGGGCUCCGCCGCCGACCGCCGCCGCCAGCUCGCUCUGAAUAUUACCAUCCGACUGUGCGGCCGCCGAGUCCGAACGGCGCGUCAACUCGUGUGUCAUUGAGGGGCCGCUGUCCAAUUCUUGUUUCCGCCUCUUGUUUGUGUUCGGGCGCGCCCGCCGAGGCGCCCCCUGCCCCGCUCCAGCGACCAGGCCAGGGUCCCGCCCGCCGGCGACUGGAAGAACGCCCGCCACAACCGAGAGUCAGUACACUUACCGAGUUUUAUGUCUGCGAAUUUGGUUUGGUAUUUCUUUGCAUUAAAUACUGAUCUGGCAAGUGAAAAUGAUUCCCGGUGGAUUUGUCCGUUUUAAUCUUUAUUUAAUGAAUACAGAAUACAGUUCGGUUCGCGUU